CUUUAGCACUACUAGUACUAGCACUGCUACCAGCUCUCUCUUGCAUUUCCUACAAUGGCGAUUCCGGUCAUCGACAUUUCGAAGCUCAAUGGUGAGGAGAGGGCAGAAACAAUGGCUCAGAUUGCGAAUGGAUGCGAGGAGUGGGGUUUCUUUCAGCUGGUGAACCAUGGAAUUCCAGUUGAACUUCUUGAAAGAGUAAAGAAGGUGUCCUCACAAUGCUACAAGUUCGAAAGGGAAGAAAGUUUCAAGGACUCAGUCCCCGUCCAAUUGAUGAAUGAACUGUUGGAAGGGAAGAGCGGAGAGGCAGGCCAGCGACUGGAGAACAUUGAUUGGGAGGAUGUUUUCCUUCUUCAUGACCACAACGAAUGGCCAUCCCAGCCUCCAGAAUUCAAGGAAACCAUGGUGGAAUACCGCCGAGAACUGAAGAAACUCGCUGAGAAGAUGAUGGAGAUAAUGGAUGAGAAUUUGGGUCUAGAGAAAGGCUACAUACAGCGGGCCUUCAGUGGCGGCGAUGAGCCAGAACACGAACCUUUCUUCGGCACCAAAGUGAGCCACUACCCUCCAUGCCCACACCCAGAUCGAGUGAAUGGCCUCCGGGCCCACACCGAUGCAGGUGGGGUCAUCCUACUCUUCCAGGAUGACAAGGUCAAGGGCCUGCAGAUCCUCAAGGAUGGCCAUUGGAUUGAUGUCCAGCCCCUGGCCAAUACGAUCGUCAUCAACACUGGGGACCAGAUCGAAGUCCUGAGCAACGGCCGAUACAAGAGUGUGUGGCAUCGUGUCUUUGCCACUCAAAAUGGGACCAGGAGGUCCAUUGCAUCCUUCUACAAUCCAUCACUCAAGGCCAUCAUGGGCCCUGCACCAGAGCUGGUGCACCAAACACCUGUGUGUGGACCAGCUUACCCCAAGUUCUCUUUUGGGGACUACAUGUCUGUUUAUGCUAAUCAAAAGUUCCUUCCUAAGGAACCCAGGUUCCAAGCUGUAGGGGCCAUGGAGGGUGCUGAUAGAACUUGAUCUGGUGGGUCAGGUUGUCUACUUCACAAAUGUAGGCCAUGGAAAAGGCGUAAGCUGAUUGGCUUGCUUGUUGUACCUUCAAGAAGGAAGAUGAGUAAGUUGAAUGUUAGUUGUGGUUUUUUAGGAGAUGGUUACUUUCCUUGUGUUCAUGUACUGAUUAUCGAAGUGUGCUGUUGAGGUUUGCUUUGUAAAUUAUCAUCAAUGCUUCACAUUUUCCAUGAUUUUUUAUUU